UAAAUAAAUGAGUCCCGUUCCGUCUGCAGCAGCGUCAAGUUCGAAGACACCUGAAGUCGCAGUCGCGCGCCUACGUGCCAUUAUUUCGUGACUUUCGAGUGCUAUUAGCGCGGCCAAAUCGCAUAAAAAUAGCAACGUUAUACACAAAUACAAAUUGUGGCCCGCUCGCUGUUUGUUUGUCUGUCGUGUGUUAAAUGUGCAUUUAAAUUUUUAAUUCUCCGCAAAACGGAUAGAGUUCUGUUUCAGUGUAUUUGUGCCAAAAUCGUCUAAAACAGCAAACAAAAUUUCGAACGCCAGCAGUGCAGGAGGAAAAAUCACUCAUUCGCUGCCUUCACAUUGUUGCUGUUUUUUUUAAUAUUGUCUCAACUGUAUUUUGAAUGUCCGAAAAUAAAGGCAUCAUGCUCGCAAAAUCUAUGCAAAAACACGCUGGACGUGCCAAGGAGAAGAUUCUACAAAACUUGGGCAAAGUCGAUCGCACCGCAGAUGAAAUCUUUGACGAUCAUUUGAAUAACUUCAAUCGCCAACAAACAAAUGCCAACAAAUUACAAAAGGAGUUCAACAACUACAUAAGAUGCAUACGCGCCGCACAAACCGCCUCGAAAUCACUGAUGGACGCCGUUUGCGAAGUUUACGAGCCACAAUGGACCGGAUACGAUGCACUUCAAGCACAAACUGCCGCCUCAGAGAGCUUGUGGCUCGAUUUUGCACACAAACUGGGCGAUCAGGUGCUGAUACCGCUUAAUACAUACACCGGCCAGUUCCCUGAGAUGAAGAAGAAGGUGGAAAAGCGCAAUCGCAAGCUCAUCGACUACGAUGGUCAGCGUCACUCGUUCCAAAAUCUGCAAGCCAAUGCCAACAAGCGCAAGGAUGAUGUUAAGCUUACCAAAGGUCGCGAACAGCUGGAAGAGGCGCGUCGCACCUAUGAAAUUUUGAAUACGGAACUGCACGAUGAGCUGCCCGCCCUCUACGAUUCGAGAAUAUUGUUUUUGGUGACCAAUUUGCAGACAUUGUUCGCCACCGAACAAGUGUUCCACAAUGAGACGGCUAAGAUCUAUUCGGAACUUGAGGCAAUUGUUGACAAGUUGGCUACAGAAUCGCAACGCGGCUCAAAUACGCUGCGCAAACAAACAAUAAAUCCCAUCAAGACUUCGAGCCCAGUGCAAUCGCCAGUGAACAAACUGAACAACGCCAAUGCCAACAACAGCAACUAUCAAAAUCAAAUUACCACAAACGGUGGCUCCAGUCUGGCAAACAGUCCAACAUCCACAAGCUCUUCAAUGGUUGAGCCACGAUUUGAUUCAGUUUCUUCAACACCAGAACCGACGCCAGAGUCGUCGCAGCUCCCAGAGCUACCACACAGUCCCGCACCGCAGCUGGAGAAGCCGAGCGCCGAGGAGGUGGCCAGAGCAGCAAUCGAAGCGGCUGUUGCCAAUGGCAUCACCAGCAUCACCACAACGACCACCACCAACAAAGUUGUGGAGACCACUGAGCCAAGCAGUCCGAAUGCCAAUUCAGUGGCUGCAACAGCAACGGCAACAGCAGCCACAACAGUGAAGACAGAGGAGACGAUUCGUGAAGUGAUUGCAGAUGCCAAGGAAACAACAACGACGACGACGACGACAACAACAGCCACAAAAACAGUGAAUGGCAACAAUAAUGAAGAAGAAGCUACAGCAGCAGCGAUCAACAACAGCAGCAACAGCAACAGCUCGAAUUCAGCGCCAGCGAGCAGCACAGCAAAAGAGCCGGGAAAGCAGCCAAAAGAACUGCCGGAUGGUCAGUUGGGUGCCAAUGGCAAUUCGAGUUCGCUUGAGGAGCAUAAGCAAAAGAAACUAGAUACAGAAACAGUUGUUAGCAGUAGCCACCAAAAACAAUUAGUUAAUAGCCAAACUGUUAAUAAGCAUAAUAAAAAUCCCUUCGACGAUGACGACGAACGCAUCUACGAAGUACCCAAGGAUGCCAACACAGCUGAUUUGCCACCUGGUGUGCUAUAUCGCGUGAAGGCGACCUACGGCUACGUUAAGGAAGAUGUCGAUGAACUGAGCUUUGAAAUUGGCGAUACCAUACGUGUCAUUGAGUACGACGAUCCCGAGGAUCAGGAGGAAGGCUGGCUGAUGGGACAAAAGGAAGGCACAACCGAGAAGGGUCUGUUCCCGGCCAACUUUACACGUCCCAUUUGAAAAGCGGAUGCCGCAACAAUGACGGAACGAAUGCAACUAAAACACAACUAAAUAACAACAACAAACACUUCAGCCCAAAUUUUGUUAUAUUAUUCUAUAUAUACGUAUACAAGAAUACUUUUUACAAUCAUUUUACAAAACAAAAAGAAACACAAGAAACAAAAGCAAAAGAAAACGAACUUCAACUUUCGGCCAAAUUUUUUAUAUACAGCACUGCGCCAAUUAUUUGAUUUGUCAUUAAGCACCUAGAUUUUUCGUCAAAUUUAUUGUUUAAAUUCAAAUCUGAUUUAUAUAUUUUACUUUGUAUGCAAUAAAAACAGUCGUGUAUUUGUUAAAGCAGUGCUUCCAAUUAUUAUUAUUAUCAUUAUUAUGAAUAUUAUUGUUGACAAAUGAUUGCACACAAAAUACUUUGAAAUGUUUCAUAUAUAUAUUAUUUUGUUAGUAUGUAAGCUUAAUCAAAACACAAACAAAAACAAAAUGAAAAGAAAAGAAAAACAAAAGCAAAGCUAAAUUAAAAGAAAAGGAAAAAACAAAAUUUAAUAAGAAUGAAAAAGAAAAAAAAUCUAAAAACACCAUAAAAACAUAUACACAUACGCAUAUAAUAACAUACAUAUAUUUUAUUUGUUAAAUCUAUUAUUGUGCUCAUAAUUAAUACGAACAAAAUGUAUCUAAUUUGUAAUUUGUUAAAAGCAAAAGGCAAAGACGAACAAUUUAACGCAUAUCACUCGAUAAGGAUCGUGUUUUAAACACGAUCAUCUGUUAGAGGGAGAAAACAAAAACACAGACCUUUUGUAUAUGUAUUUUGCAAAUGAUGUAGUACGAGUUUUUUAUAGUCAAUUGAAUGUUCUGGAGUGAAAAGAAAAGAAAAG